UAAACACUUCGGACAGUUCGCUACACCACACCGUAACGAUCGCCGUUAUGGCGGAAUUGCCCGAGGAUUCCCGAUUGAUUGUGGGUAGCCAAUAACGCCAAUAUACUUCCGCCUAGAGCAAUUUUAGUUCGCCUUUGAAAUCGUGGUUAUAUGUCAUAAUGGCUGCAAAAAGUGGAGCUCUGAUUGUAGCCGCCAUAGACUUUGGUACUACGUAUUCUGGUUGGGCAUUUUCGUCUAAAAACGAUUUUGAAAUGGAACCAGUGAAAGUAUCAGCGAAGACAUGGAUUGGUGGGCAGCUUUCAUCAUUAAAAGCCCCGACGUGCAUACUUAUCAAGCCAGAUGGAAAGACAUUUGAAGCGUUUGGGUUCGAAGCGGAAAGUCGGUAUGCCGAAUUGUGCGAGGAAAAUGAACACAAAAAAUGGUUCUACUUUCGAAGGUUCAAAAUGGCACUGUGGAAUAAGGACAUCCACAAGGACACUGUUCUGGAAGACGUAUCUGGUCGAGAGCUUCCAGCAUUGACUGUGUUUUCUCUGUCAAUCAGAUUCAUGAAAGACGGUAUGACGGAAAUGUCUAAUAAUCAAGUGGCAGGCUUGAAACCAGACGACGUCCAUUGGGUUUUGACCGUGCCUGCUAUCUGGAACGAUUCGGCAAAACAUUUUAUGAGGUUGGCAGCUGAGAAGGCAGGGAUAUCAGCGGACAAAUUGACUCUUUCACUCGAGCCAGAAGCAGCAUCUCUUUACUGCACACACAUUACAGUACAAAAAAGUGGAGACACACAUAUCUCCAAAUUUAAAACUGGGAAGAAAUAUUUAGUACUAGACGCAGGAGGAGGAACGAUUGAUAUAACGGUUCAUGAGGUUUGUGAGAGAGGGACACUCAAAGAGAUCCACAAGGCGAGUGGCGGGUACUGGGGCGGAACGAAAGUCGACGAGGCGUUUAUUGAAUUUCUUAGCGAGAUAACAGAUGUAAAGGCGAUGAAGCGAUUUAAGGAUGAGAAUAUGGAAGACUACAUCGAUCUCCUCCGCGAAUUUGAAAUCAAGAAGAGAGCAAUAGACACCAACACGAGUAGCAAAGUAACAAUCAAAGUACCAUUAUCGCUUUCCGAUCUUUCCAAAGAGAUAACAGGAAUACUGUUACAAGACAAGUUGCCCACAACACGCUAUGGAAAACAGGUGAGCCUUGCUGCCGGAGGUAAAUCUCGUCUUGAUGCAGAUGUCAUGCGCACGUUCUUUAAUACAUCUAUGUCUAACAUUAUCGACCAUGUGUCUGGUCUCCUUCAAACAGCAGACUGCUCAGGUGUUGAGACCAUUCUGAUGGUGGGGGGAUACUCAGAGUCCUCGCUUCUCCAGGAAACCAUGAAGAAAAGAUUUUCAAAGCUGUGCAUCAUUGUUCCACCAGACGCAGGACUUGCGGUUCUUAAAGGUGCAGUCAUUUACGGCCAUUGUCCUACUGCAAUUAUAGAGCGUGUUUCUAAAUGUACGUAUGGUAUAUCAAUAACAGAAAUGUAUGACGAUAAGAGGCAUAAUAUGUGGCAUCGUAAAGUUUAUGAAGAUGGCUCUGCUCGCUGUGUAGAUGUUUUUUCCAUCUUCGUUCGAGCUGGCGAUAAGCUGGUUGCGGGUGAGACGCAAAACGAAAAGACGUACCGUCCUAUAAAUGCUGGCCAGGUUUCAGCAGAGUUGCCGAUUUUUGCAACAACCGAUCCAAAUCCCAGAUAUACGACCGAUAUUGGGACCAAAAAGAUUGGCUCUGUUAACGUACCCCUUUCCGGAAGGGGCACUGAUCGAUCUGUGGUCGUUCGAAUGAUCUUUGGUGGUACGGAAAUAACUGUCGAGUGUGAAGAAAAAACAACUGGCAAGAUAACGCGGUUGAAUGUUGACUUUCUAAUGUAAAUGGUUGAUAUCCAUAAAAUCCGUUUAUUAACUGGCAAUAAUACUUUCAUAACAAGAAUAUUUACCUAAGUGAUCGUUUCAUAUAUAACAUUCUAAUGCGCCGGCCAAGACAAACCACGUCAUUGAAAUAAUUUGUCUUGUGAUGCAGUGUUUAUUGUUGGAUAUUCUCGUUCUCACAGACAUUGAUGGAAGUACAUAGGAAAACGUUUUCAUGUAAAACUAUUGUGCGACAAAUAUUAUACCCUGUGUAAACACCAUUAAAAAUACAAAUACAACCAUGCCCAGUUACCUAAAAUGUUUGUCAACUUUUUAAAAGUGAUUAAAGAAUCGCAAAACUU